CUUAGUUGUUCUUUAUUUGAAUGGUCUUCUUACCCCAUUAUUUGUUUGAAGGAACUGUAAUGUCACUGGCCUUGCAGUGUUGAGUCCAUGGAUAUUGGUUUUGAGUAUCAGUUUAGGCAACAGAAUUGGGUUGUUUGUGGCUUUUACUGUAUCAGGUAUCUGCUGGGGUAGCUGUUGAGGUUUGGUGUUUGUUUUUAUUUUUCCUUCUAGACUCUCUUUGUUGUAUUAUGGGUUGAGUACCCCUUGUACUCCCAUUAAUGCAUUUCUUUGCUUAUCAAAAAAAAAAAAACUUUGAAUUUUGAGGUAUUUCAUUACAUUCUAUUCCAUUUUCUUUCCAAGUGAGAGAACCUCAUAUUAAAUAGGCAGAGACUAUUUGCGCCCCCUUUUUUGCUAAGUCCGCCAUCCCCAAACACGCGAAAAGACUAAAAUACCCUUCAGUAAUUUAAAUUUAAAAAAAAAAAACUACCUUAUCUCUACAAACCCUCCCCCCUCUUUCAACCGUAUACCAUCUUCCUCUCCCACCCAAUUUCAAAAGUUUCAACCCUCACAAAAUCAAGUCUCUCAAACCCACAACCAAGUCAAGAAGAGGAAGAGAAAGGAGGACAACCAGUAAGAAGAAGAAGUAAGAAGAAGAAGUUGAAGUAGAAGAGGAAGAAGGAGACCAAGUCAAGAAGGAGUAACCCACAAAAUACAACAACAACCCAUAACCCACAAGAAGAACAACAAUGCCUCCUAGGAAAACUGCCCGUGUUGUUGGUCCUUCUACUGAACCUACUGCUCCACGGGAUCGUAGCUCCACUCAUGCUUCUAACCGCAAACGGUCAGAAGAGGCUAAUAGAGGAAGGGGUAGAGGAAGGGGUCGAGGAAGGGGUAGAGGAAGGGGUAGGAAUGCUGAACAAGAGCCUGUUGUACAGGAUCAGCAGGAUGAUGAGAUUAUGGCUGAUCAGCCGGAUGAUGACACUGAGGCGGAGGAGGAGACUAGUGGUGAGGAGGAGACUAGUGGUGAGGAGGAGGCUGAGGAGGAUGUCGGUGCUGACCUCGAGGCGGAGUUUGAUGAGGAGUCUGGUGAUGAGGACGAUGAGAACAGGUUGUGGUAUGAGGGAGGUCCGUUUGACCUUUGCUUGUUUACUAAGUAUGGCGAACAUAUAGCUCGUGACAUAUGGAGGUCAUACAAGCGGCCAAAUUAUGAGACUAGACUAGAGGUGUGCUCAAGACCUAUAAUCAUGGGAGGAUGUGUCAUCCUGUAG